AUGGUCGAAGAAAAGUUCAAGGUUUUAACAUUUAAUUGCUGGGCCGUGUUUUUCCCGUCUCCGACUGUGAGAAAAGAAGACCGUGUUAAUGCGAUUACCGCGAAGUUAUCAGUCGGGGAUUUCGACGUGAUUUUACUUCAGGAGAUUUGGCUGGAAUCAGAUUACAGAAAGCUCCGAAACAUUCUGGAUGAGAAGUAUCCAUACUCUAAUUACUUCUAUUGCAACCUUAUAGGAACUGGUAUGUGCAUAUUUUCAAAAUGGACUAUAGAAUGUGUGUUCACACAUCCCUUUACUACUAACGGAUAUCCUCAUCUUAUUCACCAAGCUGAUUACUAUUGUGGCAAAGGUAUUGGGUUAGCCCGGAUCACAAGCAAAGAAGGAUUUAGGAUUAACUUUUAUGUAACCCACUUAAUUGCUCGUUAUGAAUUAGAUCGUAUGUUAGAUAAAUAUAAUGGACAUCGAAUAUCUCAAUUAGUUGAAAUAAUGGAAUUUGUUCGCAUGACAUCCACUGGUUCUGAUGCAAUUAUAGUUACUGGAGAUUUCAAUUUGGAAUCGAAUACUUCAGCUAUUGAAUUGUUUAGUACUUCAUUAAAAUUAUCUGAUGCAUGGCUUAAUAAUACUGUUGCUUUGAAGAAUACAAAUAUUACAGAAUUAGAGUCAGAGGGAUGUACGUGUGAUCGAGCUGAUAAUCCUUAUCGUAAUCAACUUUGGACAAAUACAUAUGGGAAUGGUGAAAGAUUAGAUUACAUAUUUUAUCGUUCUGGGCCAUCAAUAAUAGAUUCAUUUCAUAUACCAUCUUAUGCUAAACUUGUCUGUGAUUCGUGUUGGUUAGAUAUGCGUAAAGUACCUGACGACCCAUAUGGUUUACAUUAUUCCGAUCAUGAAGGUGUAGCUGCAAGCUUUACUAUUACAAAAUUACGCAAUCCUGUAAAACCAGAGGGUGAAACAAUGUCAGCAAAUGAAUUAAAUCGAUUACAUGAUUUAUUAUUAGAUAUAGAUCAACAAUUAACUCGUGGUUUGAAUCAAUGUAUACAUGGUCGUUUAUUGCAUUUAAUAUGGGCGAUAUUUAUAACAAUUUUAUUAAUUAUCUUAAUAUUAAUAUAUCCAACUGAUAGAUUAACAUCAAUUAUAAAAUGUUUAUUUGAAAUAUUACUUGGUAUUAUAUUAUUCACAUUAAUUUGGGGUUCAUUAAUUGGUAGAACUAUAGAAAAAUCCGGUUUAAAAAAUGCUAAACAUUCAAUUUCAACAUUAUCUUCAAGAUUAGAUAGUUCGAAUGAUUUUACAUUAAUUAAAUAA